UAUUUAAAGACAGACUCUAGGAUUUGAACAUAAAAGUCAGCCUGUGUGUUCGAGUUAGGUAUCUUUCAUAUGUAAUCCCUGUUUAUUGUGGACGUGACCGACAGUUAUACUUGUACAAUUAACCCUCAGUGGUAUAAACCUGACCUCCAAAACCAUCCGAGUCACCUACCUUGUGAUAUAGUGCUAGGUGAUCUAUAACUCAGGAUUUCGCCUGCUGCAAUUUUAUUGGUAGAACGCUUUUCUGAUCCUAUAAAUUUGAGCUGUAGUCGUAACAGUAUAUUUGGGCAUUCUCGCCACACCGUUCGCAUUGAGCUUGAAAAUACACUCUUCCAACUGGAUUCUUAGUUUCCGUGGGGUAGAAAAUGAAGUUUGAACAUGCUAUAUCUACGAUGUAGCAGUGGAGUAGGUAAGAACCUGGCAGCAGACCUGUUGUGACAGAGGUGCCAUCUUGUGGCAGUGAUAGGAACGUUGUGACGAAUGUCCGAUGCUCCUGUGUUAUACCAGUGAACAUUUUUGGGAGUACAAUCUUGAAUGCUGCAGUGUCACGUCUCCAGGAGAGGAGAUGUGUGAAAUCAAGUGAAGUUGAGGAUGAGUUUGAAGAUUUCGUCUUUAUUGAGUAUAUAUGGUAUGUUGUGAUUGAUACAUGUACAAUACACCUCCGGGUUGUGAUGGAGUUGGGAUCAAACUGUUUUUCAAAAGAAACCUGUUUUUGUGUACUUCACAUAACCUGAGAUACGCCUCCUCAAAGGACUGGGGAGGCUUUUUGGAUAGAUAUCAGGAACCUCUGUUUAUCUAGAACAUUGAGAACAAAAACUGACGGCAUCAUGUCAUAAUCAAAGGAAAGGUUAAUUCUAUAAAGUUUUUAUAAUGUUAAAUGUGUAGAGAUAGCGACCCUGACUUGUAGUUGCACCCUAUAUAAGUAAACAUCAAGUCCUUAAUGCUAAGUCUGCCCAUGUUUAACUACCGAACACUGGCUUCAGCAUAGCUGUGUUGAUAUGUAUUGACGGAUAUUUUUUAUGACCUUUUCCCUAUUGAUCCUGGGAUUGGCCAUUUUUCUCCAGGAGUGAACCACAGCUAAUUUAUUCUUUUAAACAAAUCAAGUAUUUCAACACACACGGACCAUACAGAUUAAAAGGGAACUUGUUAUUUGAGCUGUGCAGUAUGCAGUGCAGAGACAAAAAAUCCUGUCAUCCUGUGGAACUCGUUGACCCGAAGAAUGAAGAACGUUGUGGUGACAGUGAUACUGGACUGUCAUUACCUCUGUGUUCUACCACUUUACCUGUUCAUUUAACUCUCCAAUGGAAGGAGUCAUUUACAACAGAAACAUUUGUUAAAAGUGUUAAGAAGCUGUCAGAAUACGCAGGCUUUAUUGUUUCAAAGUCUCAAGUUUGAUUUACUCUGUUAGUGUGAUCUUACAUAUUAUAAAACUGUUUUGAAACAACAUACUGCAGAGAUUUUCUAGGAUAAGCAGAGCGGUGCUAUUACGUUGACUAUCUAAAGCUGUUUAGGAGCGGUCGAAAUACACAUCGCCUCGAAACAAAGGAUUUAAAAGUAGUAAAUUCUACCGUAAUCUUAUUUAAUGUAAGGAUGCGCAAGACUGUUUUGAAACAAAAGAGAUAAUAGUUUCGCCUGUAUCGGAGAGACUAUUUGGUCUUAAUAUUUAGACUCCAUGGGACAAGUAUGGACUGUAUAGAAACAAAAGACAUGAGAUUUGCUAGUAUUAGCGGGAUUCACUGUUUGUUGGUGAUUAUGUAGACCACACAGCCAUGGAGUGUUUCUGUAGCUGUUUUAAGUGUAAAGAUGGCUGGUACAAGGUCCGCUCAAACUCCCGCUCAGGUAAUAUGACAUUCCUCAAAAGGGCCAGUAUAUUGACUGGCGGGUGUGACCAGUCGUCUGGGAGUGACCAGCGUUCCCUGUUAUCCAGUUCCGAUUUCCGACUGGAUAGUCCGUACAAUGUAAUGGACAGUCCGGAUAUAGAGGAUGAUGAAAACUCUUCUUACGAGAAGAUAGUCCAUGAGCGCCGAGGGAGUAUGCCAUUGGUCUCUGCUGGACUGGACGAAGAAAACAUGGACACCACCUCCACACCGUCCAAAAUAGCGAACUUCUUCAUGAGGAAGGGAUUUAAAACCAAUUUAAAGAGGACCAAAAGUGUUACAAAGUUGGACAGGAAGAGGUCUGCCUCUAACAUCUCUGACAAUGAUACCAACGGUUCAAUUGUGGGUUCCUUGAAAAGGACAAUGAGCUUGGGACGUCUUACAAGAAAGCGUAAUCGUCAGCAGCCUCCAUUUGAAACCUCUGCGCCACAAAACCAUCAUAGCUUCCCUUGUGACUGUGCGGUUCUCAAUGAGGACAACAUCAACACCUGGUCCAUCAUCAACUCUCGCAUCCGAUCAUCUCGCUCCCAUGAGUCUUUACUGACCAACUCAGUGACAAUGCACUCAAUUGACCUGGCGUCCCAGGAGCUGGACAUUAAGCCCCUACACAGCAGUAUUCUGGGACAGGACCACUGCUUCCAAUUGGCCACCUCAAAUGGCAGUAAAUACAUCUCCUGUCGUACAGCGGAGGAACGGGAGAAAUGGCUCGGCAGUCUGAGGAAGACGGUCCAGCCAAACCAGGACAAUGUUAGAAGAACAGACAACUCCCUCAAACUCUGGGUCAAAGAGGCUAAAAAUGUCCCCUCAAAAAAGAGGUAUUUCUGUGAGAUCUGCCUGGACAAGACUCUGUAUGCACGCACAUCCAGUAAAACCAAAGCAGACAUGUUGUUCUGGGGAGAACAUUUCGAGUUCAACAACUUACCUCCAUUAGAAAUAGUCACUGUCAACCUAUUUAGAGAAGCAGACAAGAAGAAGAAAAAGGACAAAAAUUGUCUUAUAGGUUAUGUAAAUAUACCAGUGGCUGACAUUUGCAACAGACAGUUUGUAGAGAAAUGGUAUACCACAAGUUCAGGGACAGUGGGGAAGAUAGGCAAGGAGAACAAGAGUGAACUGCCCUUGGUUCGGUUAAAGGCACGUUUCCAUGUGGUGGAAAUCCUUCCCAUGGAACUCUACCAGGACUUCACACAGUACCUGAGUCGGGACUACUGCAAAUUAUGUGAGGUCCUCGAGCAGAUUGUCAGUGUCCGUGAAAAGGAAGAGCUAGCCACAACCAUGAUCCACAUCAUGCAAAAGCUUGAAAAGGCCAAGGACUUCCUGUCCGACGUCAUCAUGGCAGAAAUAUCUCAGCUAGAAAAUCAGAACCUGACAUUCCGGGGAAACACAAUAGGGACCAAGGCAAUGGAAGCAUACAUGAAACUUGUUGGAGAAAAAUAUUUACAUGACACACUGAGUGAGACCGUGAGGACAAUCAUAGACUCGGAAGACGACUGCGAGGUUGAUCCCACGAAGGUGAUGAAUCCAGCCCAGCUGACCAGCCACCAGCGCCUCCUGGAUAUGUACUGUGAGAUGGUGCUGGCAAAGAUCAUCAACUCACACUGUUAUUUCCCAUGCGAGCUUCGAGAGGUAUUCUCCAGCUUCCGUGACCACUGUGAUAGGACCAGUAAAGGGGAUUUUGGAGACAAUCUUAUCAGUGCCUCCAUCUUCUUACGAUUUUUGUGUCCGGCAAUCCUGUCUCCCAGCCUUUUUAAUCUUACACAAGAGUACCCCCCUGACAAGGCGGCCAGGAACUUAACACUAAUCGCCAAGACUGUCCAGACUCUUGCCAACUUCUCCAAAUUUGGAGGAAAAGAAGAAUUCAUGACAUUCAUGAACGAGUUUUUAGAAAGGCAAUGGGGAAGCAUGAGGGGCUUCCUUCAGCAGAUAUCAAGCACGGAGAGGUCUAACCAGUUUCUAGAGUUCGAUGGCUACAUAGAUCUUGGUAAGGAGCUGUCAGUCUUACACUCUCUGCUGCUGGAGAACUUGGAAAAAGCUGACAAGGAGACAGUCGCUAAACUAGGGAAGCUUCCUUCUAUCCUGGAGAGUUUGAGCCAAGCUCUGGAUGACCCGGAGGUUGAGAAACGCCUCCCGGUAAAACCCAACAGGAAGUCACAGAUCUAUGACAAUCUAGUUCACACCCCACAAGCCGGUACCUCUCCAACAGAAGUCCUACGCGAAAUGUUACGUCACUGUGGGGAGGAGGACAUCCCGGUACUGUCUGGUCGACGGGGAACAAAGCCUGGGUCAGUCAACAGUAGUUUCGAUGGGAGUACUGGUGGAAGUCGAAAUCCUGCUCGACACUUGAACACAAGUGAUGAUUAUGUAAUGAUAAGGGCUUUAAAUUCUAGGAAUGAGAGUGAAGUGUCGGAUGUUUCUGUGAGUUCACGUUCAAACACGUUAGAAACUAACCAAUCGUGGAAUGAAAUAGUGAAUGCUGCGGAGGGACUUAAUAAUGGAGAGUACAUAGAUUUGUUAUCAUACAUCGAUGAGGAUCCACAAAACUCAAGUAUGGAACUUGAACACAACAUGAACGGUAGCCAAAUGUCGAUAAGCCAAAUAUCAACAAUAGCAUCGUCUGGGUAUCAGUCAUUUGGUUAUAGCCAGUCCAACUCACCAGUGGAAUCGUCCAAUGCACAAGAUGGUAACAGCCGUGAUUAUUCGUCCAAGUCCCCUUCUGGUCACCACCACCCUAUGCAGCCCCUGUCCUUCUCCAACCCAAUGUAUCGACAUAUCCACUCCUCAUUGUCGGGCUCGCAGCAUGGUGGCACCCCAACACCAAUGCAACAGGGCUCCACAAGCUCGGGGUCCCUCAGCAGUGAGGAAGACUCCAACACAGUCAAACACAGAAGUCCCAUAAAACAUGCUGAACGGGUUGAAUCAACGUCCUCUACUUAUAGUAGCAAUGGCAAUGCUGACCCCCUACGGAAUCUCGCCCCCAAACUGUCCAGUAGUAGCAGCAGUGAAUCUCUACAGGAGCAUGAAAGACACAGAUUUUCUCGUUCUUUAUCAAGCCCAAAUAAUGACCCGGUAAAAUUUUCAUUGGACUUCCAUAGUUCCUGUCCGUCUCAUAUAUUUGAAGACUUUAAUAAUAGCAAUGUGUCGUCGUCGACAAAUGUGAACAAUUCAUACUCGUUAAGUCGGGCUCCAUCUCGCCCCCACGAACUUUUACACACAGGCAGUGUGGACUUCACGUACAUGCGACAAAAGUAUGGAGACCAAAUGCGUAGGACUGCCACAGACUCUAGGAUAUCCCAGAACAGCACGCCUGUACACACACACAGCGACAGUGGUGUAUCUGUGUCCUCAAACAACCGCGGGCAGAUGUCUCCCGAGGACAGCCCUGCCCACCGGCGACUGUCCCCUCAGACAACCGUUCACAUGGGCAUUCGGUCAGUGCAACGCAAGAUUCAUGAACAAGAGAAGACGAAACAGGAAUAUGAACAAGAGGUCGAGGUGCUUAAACAGCAAGUGGUUGAUGCCCAAAGACGUCUACAAACCGCGGAGAAAAUGCUGCAGGAACAACAGUCAGGUACGAAUCUGUUAGUCGAGGACUGGCAGCUCCGCCUUGAAGAAAGUGAGGAGCGAAUGAAAAAACAGCAGAACGACAAAGAUGACCAAAUGAAACAUAUUAUUCAAAGACUCAUGACAAUAGAGAACGAACAGGAGGAAAUGGAGAAGAUCGUCCAUCAGAAGCAACGUGUGAUUGAAGCCCAGGAGAGACGCAUUCAGUCCCUUGACAAUGCUAAUGCUAAACUCAUGUCUGCCCUGAGCCAGCUGAAGGACCAGUACAGCACAACAACAACACAGCCAAGGAACGGUAUGAUCGGCCCACUCCGUUCUAAACUCACUCAAUCCGAAUUCGCAGAGUUUAAGACAAGUUCUUGUUGAAAACUAAUAACUGUUGGAGAAAGAAGAAGUCUAACUUACCUUACUUUUGAAAUAAAAAAUGGACAUGGUUUCACAUGGAUAUGUGGAAUACAAAUCAGAAACAGUCUUAGUUGCAUGGCUUGUAUUAACUUGUGUGCCUGAUUAGACAUCAAGUGUAGACAACUCCGCGGAACAUUUUAGAUUAUCUAUGGGAUAACGAUGGUCAGUUUUCUAGGCUGCGAACAGAUGAUAUUAUGGAUACUAUAGGGAUUAUAAUGAUACAGAAACUGACAUGGACAACUGUGAUUGUAAUCAUUGUAACGGCCAGAACCAGGCUCGCUGACCAAAGUGACAACAGGCAGGUACAUUAAAGGAUAGGCUACUUUGUGAUAAAAUGUUGUGUCAACCACAUAAUCAGUGCUACCCAGAAAACUUGAUACAGAACCAUUGAUGUACCAGUGAUAGGCCAACUAUAGGACAGACUUGUGUAUAGGCCAAAUACAGGACGACCAACUACAGAGUGGGCUUGUGUAUAGGCCAAAUACAGGACGACCAACUACAGACAGGGCUUGUGUAUAGGCCAAAUACAGGACGACCAACUACAGAGUGGGCUUGUGUAUUAGCUUUUCCUCUCGAGAGUGGCAGAGAUAGGCAGGAAAACACUUGUGUUUCUAAUGGAGAAUUGUCGUUGUCUUGUACAAUAUCUAUUUAUAAACUUUCAUGUGUGCUUGUCUGUGAUUAGGUGGACAACUUUAAUGUAUUUAUUUAUUCUUGUUAGUCUUUUCAACCCUGUAAACCAUAAUGGAAUGACAGAAGAAAGGAAACUGGAUUUCAGUCAGGGUUUAUAGGGAUGAGUAAACUUGCAAGUCAAAUAGGUCUGAGGGUGCUUAAACCGUCAGUAGACAGUGGAUAGACUCCUAUGGAGUAUACACAGUAGGUGUUCCUUCUUUGGUGCAUGGGCCUAAUAAUGCUAUCCAAGGAAAGACAAAUCUAGAACAAUUUGACAGGGAUAUUUCAAUUCUGUGCAAUAGUUUCGCCUUUUGUUUAUGUCAUGUAAAUUAUAUAUGCUAAAUAUUGAAAAAUGGAAGUCGUGCAUUAAAACUAUGCAGUAUAUAUUUACCUUGUUAUCUUUGUUGAACUGCUGCAUUCAUUAGUGUGAUUAUGAAGGUAACAGUUGUACUGCAUUCAUUGAUGUGAUCAGGAAGGCAACGAUACUGCUGCAUUCAUUGGUGUGAUGAUACUACUGCAUUUAUUGGUGUGAUCAGGAAGGCAAUAGUGCUAUUGCAUUCAUUGGUGUGAUGUUGAAGGUAUCAGUACUACAAAUUAAUGUACUGCUUUUAUCGGCAUGUCCUCACCUUCUGUUAUCGUGAUCCACAGAGGGAUCCCCUUGCUGCUGGAGACCAUGUAAAUGAAUGCUUUAAUCGGUUUUUAGAAAAGUUUCAUGUGGCAUAAUAAGUAAUUUUGUACAUUUAUGACAUUGUUUGUAAGAACACAUCUUAGAGGAACCACUAAUUGACUACAUUUUGUUUUAGAUUGGUUUAUCUACAUUAGCUUUCUGGUUCAGUGCAAUAUGUUCUAUACAAAAAAGUCCUUACAGUCUCGCAACUUGUCUUCAGUAUUCAUUAACUGGUUGAUGUAAGGCUGAAUGAAUUAGUAAGUGUGUCUAAAGACUGUUGAAUGUUUUAACCUGUAAACAUUCAGAUCUAAAAUAUUCAGAAAGUAUAAUGGUAAUGUAUUCAUUAACUGGUUGAUGUAAGGCUGAAUGAAUCAGUAAGUGUGUCUGUUUUAACCUGUGGACAACUAGCCUGUAAGACAACUUCAGAUCUAAAAAAGUCAGAAAUCAUAAUGGUAAUGUAAAUGGCCUACAUUUAGGUUCAUACUGAUCUUUCACCAGUUAAAUUGUAGUGAUGAAAAUCAUAACAUGUAAUUUAAUGACUUCUGUUUUCUGUACAAAAAUGUUCCUAGUUAUGACUUUUUGUGGUAUAUUUUCCGUUUUAGAGAGAGCGUUUUUAAAUUAAUGAUUACGACAACUCUAAAAAAAAAAAAUUUAAGUUAACAUUAUACAUGCAUUAAAUUUAACAGAUAAACAAUCUAGUGCAAAAACAAUUCUGUUGGGAAUUAUAAACAAUUCACAUUAUUCUGAAAUUUUAGAUUUUAUUUUCAAUAAUUUGAAAGUGUCUCCAUUAUUGAAGAAACCCCUCACUGUUUCGUCUGGUGCUGUUGAUAGAUAUUAGUAUUAUUUUAAAUCGAGAUAAAUGCCCAUCAUAGCUACUCAGAUUCACAAGAUGGAAAUCUUUUAUGCAUUAGUUUAACAUUAAGAAAUUAAAUUAGUUUUGAGACUGUUUAUUAUGAAGAGGUAUAGUGAUGUCAUAAGAUGAUGUCAUUAAUAUUCAAAACAAAACAUAAAAGUGCCGUUUGUUCCUUUCACCUCCUCAGAGAUGUUAGCCGUUUCUACAAAUGAUUCAAAUCUGAUUUAUUGAGGUUCCUUUGUAGCACAGUAAAUCUUAGAGGAUAUUUACCUGAUAUUGCCAGCAGACCAUGUUAUAUUUACCAUUGCACUGUAUCAGUGUUGGAGAAAGACUAGUUCUGAUAGUUAAAAAACAGAAACUGUAGCAUUUUGAUGUUCGGGUUCAGUUGUUAUAAGAAACUCCUCCCCUCUCGGGGAAUUUCAAUAUGAAUUGAUUGACUUAAGGCUGUAAAAUGAUAUAUAAUUAAUGUGAGUGAGAAAUCCGUGAUCAGUUAUUGUAAACUUGCUUUGUAAUUUAUAUAUCUCCAGUCUUAUAGUCGAGGGCUGGGAAUGGCCCAUGUGUCUGUACAUGUGUAGGAUUAUGGUAUUAUUACUGUAUGUUAGAUGCUUUCUUUCAAUUAACAUGUUACGUAUGGUUGAAUGAGGAGUGCUAUAAUGAUAUUUAGCCAAAAUCUAGUCUGAAAAUUUGUAAGUAUUUUUGAUAAUUUGGAAUGUUCGGCCAGAAGAAAGAGAACAGAAAUUGGAUGAGAAUAUCUGGCCGGUUCCCAGACUUGUUCAAGGGGCACCAGAUAUAAAUGUUCAGUGUGUGAUAUUCAUUAUAAGUGUUUGGAAGCACUAAUAAACAGUAUGAUGUUGUAGAAUGGGUAUAGAUAACAAUGCAUAGAAAUUUGCAAAAUUAUUUAAGCAAAUGAGACAAAGGGAAAAAAGUAAAAACUUCAAAACUGAAA